AUGAGAAUUCCUCUGUUUUCAUGGCUUUUCUUAAUCCUUAUUUACUAUGUUUCACUCAGCGUCCAUGUAUUUGUGGUCUCUAGCCAAUGUCCCAGCGAUCAGAAAUCUUUGUUGCUUCAGUUGAAGAACAGCCUCAAAUUUGACUCUACAUCAUCUGAAAAACUUGUGAAAUGGAACAAUGGCUCAGAUUACUGCUAUUGGAAAGGUGUGUCCUGUAAAGAUGGCUGUGUUUCUCAUCUCGACUUAAGCGGCGAGUCAAUUUCAGGUGGACUUGAUAAUUCGAGUGCUCUUUUUGGUCUGCAGUACAUUGAGAACCUGAAUUUGGCUUACAAUAACUUCAAGUAUACUCAGAUUCCAUCCAGGUUCGACAAGCUGACCGGUUUGAGUUAUCUGAACCUGUCAAAUGCUGGCUUUGCGGGGCAGAUUCCAAUUGAGAUUUCACACCUGACGAGGUUAGUAACUCUUGAUUUAUCUACCUUUUUUUCCGGAACUCCUUCACUGCAACUUGAGAAUCCAAAUUUGAAUAUACUCCUUGGCAACCUUUCUGAGCUUGUUGAACUUCAUCUUGAUGGUGUGAAUAUAUCAGCACAUGGGGCUCAGUGGUGCCAAGCUAUAUCAUCUUCACUGCCAAAAUUGAGGGUGUUGAGCUUGUCCACUUCUAAUAUUUCAGGCCCUUUUGAUAGUUCAUUACUGAAACUUCACUCACUCUCAGUUAUUCGUAUAGAGAACAACAAUUUGUCUACUCAAGUUCCAGAAUUCUUCUCAAAUUUCACAAAUUUGACUUCCUUGCUCCUCAGCAAUUCUGGGUUACAUGGUACAUUUCCAGAGAAGAUCUUCCAAGUACCUACACUGCAGACUAUUGACCUAUCAGGUAAUUCACACCUUCAAGGUUCCUCACCAGAAUUUCUGAAGAAUGCAUCUCUUCAAUCCCUGGUUCUCAAUGGGGCAAAUUUUUCAGGCCAGUUGCUACCGAACUCUAUUGAGAACCUCAAAAGGCUGUCCAAAAUAGAUAUUUCAACAUGCAAUUUCACUGGACCAAUCCCAAGGUCAAUGGGAGACCUUACGCAAUUGGUUUAUUUGGACUUGUCAUGGAACAAAUUUAAUGGUUCAGUUCCAUUCUUCAGUAUGGCCAAGAAUCUGACCUUAAUAAAUCUUUCUAACAAUCAGCUAACAGGUCAGAUUAAUUCCUCUCAUUGGGAAAACCUCACUAAUCUGGUGAAUCUCAACAUGAGAUACAAUCUACUUGAUGGAACCAUUCCACCAUCUCUGUUUUCUCUUCCCGUGCUGCAGAAACUAGAGCUUUCUGACAAUCGAUUUUCUGGUGAGUUGCUUGAAUUUGCUACUUUCUCUGUACUGGACACCCUUGAUUUGAGUAACAACAAUUUGGAAGGGCCUAUACCCAUGUCUAUCUUUAAUCUCCGAGAGCUUAAGGUUCUUUCACUUCCUUCAAACAAUUUCAGUGGCUCCUUUCCACUUAAUAGUCUUCAGCAACUGAAAAAUCUUUCAACUCUUGAUCUUUCCUACAAUAGAUUGUCAAUUGAUUACAAUGAUACCAAUUCCUCUGCCACUUCCUUUCCUCAAAUUACCACAUUGAAAUUGGCAUCUGUCAAUUUGAGAAGAUUCCCAGAUUUCUUAAGAAACCAAUCCCGCUUAAGCAAUUUGGACCUUUCACAAAACCAGAUUCAUGGAGAGAUACCCAACUGGAUUUGGAGGCUCAGUUAUCUUUUUCAACUAAAUCUUUCUUGCAACUCUCUGGAAACUCUAGAAGGUCCUCUCCUCAAUGUUACUUCAUGGUUGUCUGUCCUUGACCUUCAUUCCAACCAGCUUAAGGGACAAAUCCCACUUUUUUCACAAUUUUCCAUUUAUCUAGAUUAUUCAAGAAAUAACUUCAACUCUAGCAUACGGACUGACAUUGGUGAUUUCCUUUCUUAUACCAUAUUCUUCUCUCUUUCAAGCAAUAAAUUUCACGGAAUCAUUCCAGAAUCAAUAUGCAAUGGGCGGCUUGAGGUUCUUGAUCUGUCCAAUAAUUCUCUCAGUGGCAUGAUUCCAUGGUGCUUGACUGCAAUGAGCGAUACUCUUGGAGUACUUAAUUUACAGAGGAACAAAUUUUCUGGCGUCAUUCCUGAUAAAUUUCCUGUGAAUUGCAGUUUAAAAACCCUAGAGCUCAAUGAAAAUCAAAUAGAAGGUCAGUUGCCGAAAUCUCUAGCCAACUGCGCUAUAUUAGAGGUUCUAAACCUUGAAAACAAUAAGAUAACAGAUACCUAUCCUUGCAUGUUGAAGAGCAUAUCCACCUUGCGUGUCCUUGUUUUGCGAUGGAACAAAUUUUAUGAGCACAUUGGAUGUCCCACUACCAAUGAGACAUGGCCAAUGCUUCAAAUUGUUGACAUAGCUCACAACAAUUUUAGUGGUGAAAUACCAGGAAGAUACUUGAGAACCUGGCGAGCAAUGAUGGCUCACAAAGAUGAUGCUACGUCAAAGCUCAAUCAUUUUCAAUUUCAAGUCCUAAUAUUGACCAAGAUAUAUUUCCAGGAUGCUUUAACUGUUACCCAAAAAGGUCAAAAGAUGGAGUUGGUAAGGAUUCUAACUGUCUUCACCUCAAUUGACUUGUCGUGCAACAAGUUCAAUGGAUCAAUACCUGAAGAAUUGGGAGAACUCAAAUCACUCCAUGGCCUCAACUUGUCCUUUAAUGCUCUCACAGGCACAAUCCCAUCAUCAUUAGGUAACCUGCGACAACUUGAGUCGUUAGACCUUUCAAAGAACAGCCUGAGCGGGCCAAUUCCACCAGAGUUUGGGGGUCUGACUUUCCUUUCGUUCCUGGAUCUCUCAAACAAUCGACUGGUCGGGCAGAUCCCAGUCAGUACUCAGAUUUCAACAUUUCCAGCAGCAUCCUUUGCAGGUAACAAAGGACUAUGGGGGCCUCCUUUGACGGUGGAUAACAAAGCAGGAUUGUCACCACCACCAGAAAAUGGAAGGCUUCCAAAUUCUGGACAUCAUGAGAUUAAUUGGGGUGUCAUCAUUGUCGAAAUUGGUUUUACAGUUGGCUUUGGAUUUGCCAUUGGAUCACUUGUGCUGUGCAAGAGAUGGAGUGAAUGGUAUUACAAAACUAUGUAUACCAUCAUUCUCCAGAUAUUCCCUCAGCUGGAGGAAAGAAUUGGUAUUCAUCGAAGACAUGUUCACAUAAAUCAAUGGUGGAGACGUUGA